AUGCGUACUCAGCAGCUCCUCCCUCUAUGUGGCCUUCUUCUGGCCAGCAACUUUGCCAUUGCAUCCAAAUUGGACCAUGACGAUGUCCCCAAUAGCUGCUGGGCUGCCUGCAGUUCUGUCGUCCGAGUCGCCAACAGCUGCGAUGACAGGCACGAGAGGGAUUCUUCCGAAAUCCAAUGCAUCUGUGAUUGGGAUGAAGCGAAAACACAGAUCCCGCUCUGCUCCGCUUGCAUCACCCAGCAUCAGGCCGACAGGCGAAACGGCACCCACAGAGACCAGGAUCCCGAUCAUGACCAUGACCACGACCACGAUGACGACGAUGACGACACUGAUGAUGAUGACGAUGAUAACGAGGCCCUUGAUCUCGUCCGCUCGUGCCGAUUCACCACAACUACCUACAACUCAGCCGCUGCCACUACUCUAGUUGGCACUUCCACCGCCACUGCUGCUUCGACUGAAGCCACCACUACGGACGCCUUCGGUGCUGCUACAUCGAACACGGCCUCUGCAACGGACUCUUCCAGCCCCAACGGAGCCAACGGUCAGGACUCGAGUUCUGUUACACCGUCGUCCUCUGAUUCGGCUGGCACCUCGCCGGGCUCAGCAUCCUCGCCCAGUCCCACACCUGAUGCUGCGGCGGGGGCUUCGGCUCCAGGUGCUGCAUCCAUGGCCGGUAUCAUGGGGCUGAUGGCUCUUGCUUGGCUGUGA